UGACGGUGCAGAUGUUGUAGAAAAACAUCUCAUGCAGCUUUCACAUAUGCUUUUCUGCAACAGUUGAAGAAAAUUUGUAUACUGAUUUCUCAUUGCCUCAUUUUCUUAUAAAUAGAAGCAUUGCCAUUUUUAACAAUACAUCCUCACAAAAAUAUAUAACUUCAAGUAUAUCAACCCUAAACCAUAUGGCUUUUCAGGAAGAAACCCUAAACCUUCAAAUGAAAGACUUUGUGCUUGUAAAACCAUCAAACUCCACUCCUUCUUGUAUUCUUUCUCUUUCCACAAUUGACAAUAGAGAUAUCUAUAACAACCUUUGUCAAACUGUUCAUGUAUACCGAUCAUCGCCAAUUCAUGAUUCUGAUUCGAGUUUCGACAUUUUUCAUGUAUUGAAAGAAGCGCUUUCAAAGGCUUUGUGUUAUUAUUAUCCUCUUGCAGGUAAGCUAGUGGAAUCUGCUGAUGAUGGAAAGCGUAGAGUCCAUUGCAAUCCUAAUGCAGAAAACUACGGUGUUCCAUUCUUGGAAGCAACUGCUAAUUGCACUCUUUCUUCUCUUCAUUAUUUGGACAUUAAUGACCUAGAAAUUGCAAAAUAUUUGGUGUUUGAUCCUCAAGAUAAAAGUUACCCUUUGGUGUUCAAGGUAACAAAAUUUCUUUGUGGUGGUUUCACAAUUGGAAUGGGAGUGUUGCAUGCAGUCUGUGAUGGAUUUGGUGCAUCUCAAUUCUUGAAAUCAAUUGUUGAACUUUCAAGGGGAAGAACUGAGCCCUCGGUGAUACCUGCGUGGGAAAGAGAGAGACUAGUUGGAUCAAUAACUAAACAACCAUUUCCAAAAAGUCCGAUGAACAAUGUUGCAUUUUCACCUUUUCUAAAUGAAACCAGUAGUACAGUUAUAAAGAAAUAUUGCUUUAAAGUGGAGGGUGAAAUGAUAAGAAGGUUAAAGAUGAGUCUGAGGAAGGAAAAUGAAAAUUUAGGGUUCACGACUUUCGAAGCACUAGCUGGUUUUGUGUGGAGGUCAAGAGCAAGAGCUUUAAAACUUAACAACAAUGGAGAAACAAUGUUAUCUGUGCUAGUUGGUAUGAGGCGGAACUUGAAGGAUUUUGAACCUUUACCUAAAGGGUAUUAUGGUAACUCUUGUGUGGAUGGAAUCUUCUUUCUUCCAGCUGGAAAAUUUUGCAGAAUUUCAAGCAAGUUUCUUGAUAGAACCUUCAACGAAACCCAGUUUCACCUUCGCACGCAGAGCGGUUUUCAUGGUUUGAAGCCAUGUACGGUAAUUGUUUUCAUUCAAGGUUGAAGAAACAAUAGGGGUUUCUGGGUUAUUAGAAUUAUUCAAAGUGUGUGCAGGGUUGGGUGGGAUGAUGGUAGAUUGAGAUUCUUGCUCGUCGUAGUCAGAUGUCAUAUUGAAGAUUAACUAUAGAGAUUUUAUUCAUCCAUGUUUCUCAUAAAAUAAAGGUUAUAAUUGGCUGUUUAUAUAAGCUAUUGGACCUAAGUAACAAACUAACUAACAUAAGAGAUAAAAGGGGAAAAAUAACAGCCUAAAUAAUAGCCUAUAA